CAACAACCAACCACACUCGACUGCAGCGCCAGAGCGUUUUCCUUGGCCUGCUUUCCAUCUACACCCUUUCUUCCACUCUCUCCCAAUUAUUUACCGCAGUGCUUAGAUUUAUGUCAAAUCUGCCACCCAUCAAAGUCGUACGGACGUAUGGUAGGCCCAAGCCAGAUGUAUCGGCGCCUGUCUUCGACGAGAGUGGACCAAGCGUACCGAUUUCCACGAAAACAAAAGCUACCCUGGACACGACACACUCUGACGUGGCUACGUCCGAUGACGAAGGAAGCCACGCCGGGACCAAUGACGCGUUGCCCAUGUUAGAUUUUGGCUGGAAGGCGAGGAUGAAGGAUUUCGAUGAUAUGGAGGAUGCUGAAGAGUCGAGCGCGCUUGUGACACCCACAUUGAAGUUCGGGAACGCGUCGGCCGCGCUCCAAGCGCCGACGCCUCCGGAAAUCGAUGAAGCAAUCCCAACACAACCGAACUCGCCUAUCUUCCGCGCAAAUUCUACUACGAAUGCACUGGGCGAAUCGCUAUCAACGAUUCGCUCGGUGUCAGCGUCACCUCCUCCUGCCAUUCCUAAACGCCGUCAAGGCCCGGUGGCCAAACGGCGCCCCACCAUGGUCGAUUCCGAUGAAGAAUCAGACAAUGGCAGCAAGGGGACAUCUCCUCUGGCCCCCACUGCGGACUCCUCUGCCAGUAAACCACGUCGAUCCUCGACACCUCCAACUUCGGGUGAUGAGGAUCUUCCAGCGAACAUCACACUUCAACCUCGAUCGAGCAAAGGCAAGAGCAAGCAAACCUCUUCGUCCAGAGGUCAGGUUCAUCCUCUGAGAUUCACGGAAAUCCCCGAAUCGACUCUGAAACGAAGGGCCAGCGGGCCGAAAGUCAAAGCAGUGUCCAAGAAAGAGAUACAAGAUACAGCUCGUGACCGCAGCCGGAUCGCUGGCAUGCGUCAAGCUGCGCUACAAACCUCUAUGCCUGGUACCAAUAAGACUUUGAGGCAAUUUUUCCAAACGCUCCAUAAGCCUCCGCUUGGGACAACGAUGUCAAUGGAUGAUCCCAUCACAGCGUUCUCUUCUUCACCGAACGUGACGCGGGUUGCGGCUACCCCCGUUCGCCCAGAGGCAGAUGAAGAGGCGAUGCUUCCACCAGCUCCGAGCCCAACCCGAUCUGCCAUAGACCCAAUGCCUGUGCUCGACGAAGACGGCGAAGACUUGCCCGAGGUCAGCACGAUCCACGCGCAUCUCAAACAAAAGCAGGCGCACGAGCAACAUCAGCGUGAACUGAUGGAACGGAAGCUGCAACUCGCAGCGCUGGCCCAGAAACGCGCUGCAGUCGACGUAUCGGACGAUGACGACGAACUGGAGAUUGUGCCGAAUGGCAGGCUGGACGGCAACGUUCGGCAGCACAGUGACAAUCGACACCGACAGUCCAUCGGAGUUCGACAACAGUUGGCACUAAGCGGGAUCACACCGUCCGUGCAACGAGCGCAUCAACACAAGUCCCAGCCGCAGUCCUUCGCCGCUGCCAAGACCGAAGCGGAAUUGAAUGCGUUACUCAAGGCUCGAGUGACAGAGAAUAAUAGGCAAGAGACGACGCGAAAGGAGGAGGAGUGGCAGAGGCGGGGUGGGCAGGUCGCUCCGGUCGUUGGUGCUGAUGGGGAUAGCUCGAUGAGAGGAGCCAUUCAGGCGAUUGCUGAGAAAGGGCAGAGGAAUGCAGAGGCGAGGAUGCAUCUGGAUCGCGAAGACCUGUCGGACGACGCGAGCGAUGAAGACUGGACCGAGGAGAGGCCAGAGUCGUCUUUCAUGGAAGAUCCCGAUACUACGAUGGUCGACGACGAGGACGAAGAUGAUAGCGAGAAUGACGAGAACGAGAAUGAAGAAAAUGAGAACGACGAAAACGACGAGAACAGCCCCAUGCUGAAUCGUGUGAUGACCCGUCGACCCCAGCCUAUUCUAUCGGACAGCGAAGACGAAGAGAACGAGGACAAGGAGAACAUGGAUGAGCUGAAUGAAGACAAGGAGAAUAUGGUCGCCAUCAAUGAAGACAAGGAGAACGUGGUCCUUUCCAUCACUCGUCGACCACUCGGUGACCGCCCUGGGCCUCUUUCACGGCACAGCUCGCUGUUUGGACUCGAAGAGGGCAUGCAGAGGAGUCUUUCAAUGUCUCCCAGCCAGCAUGAACGCGUUGACACCGAUGUUGAAGAAGACGAUGACGCUCUCAUGAGCCGGAGAAGACCUCUGUCAAUGGGCCUGUCCGUUGGCGCACUCGACUUCACUGCGCAGCUGCAGCGAUCUUCCCAGCGCGAGAGCGAUCCCGGUAACAGUCAAUUGUCCCCUCAGCCCAGCGUCCGGCCUCUUGGAAUAGCGAAGACAGCAGCGUUUUCUCAGUUCUCGGAUGAUCAGGAUGUUUUGAGACCUGGGUUCUCGGAUAUCUUUGACGAUGGCACGCAGGGCAAGAGGUCGUUGAAGCCUGCCAGUUUCGCGGCGCUUCGAAGGGGUCCUGGACUCGCUUUAGAUCUGACACAAGACGUGGAGCUAAAUGGGGAUUUGAUCAGGAACGUCGACGAACAAUUCCGACGCCAAGCUGGUGAUAUUUUUGAGAAGGAGCAGGAAUAUCUGGUGGAGGCCGUGCACAAGAAACAGGGCCCAGAAGAGAAAGAGUUGUACAUCAAUGCCCACGGAUUUCUGACACAGACUAAGCCUGAUGAUGAAGCUGAGCUCUACCGGCCUUCCUCUCCAGAUCCACUGCCACCUCAGCCGAGCGUUUCCAUGACUCAGCUGCGGAGACCCCUCAGCACAUUGUCGCUCGUCGAACCUUCCCAGUUCGAUAGCCCCCCAGGGCCUUCUCCUCGACGCCGUUUGCUAAGGCGGACCCGAACUCGAACGCCUUCGCCAUCACCAGCACCAGUGUCGCCCAUUGCGAAGGUCAAAGCAGCCCGGAAACCUAGGAAACCGCUUGAAAAGUCAGAGUUUGUAUUCGAAGAGGCUCAAGAGUCCGAUGAGGAUGAGAUGGCUGCUGCAUUUGGAUUCGGCCGUAAAUCCGAUGAUCCGGAGGAAGACGAGAACAACGAGGAUUUGGACCAGACUCUUGAGACGCUCGUGGAUGACGGAGAGGUGAAGGUGUCGGAAAAUCUGGUGAUGGAAAAGUACCAGGAGCAGAUCCACGAAGACGAUCUAGAGAUCGAGAAGCUCCACCAAGCUGCUGUACAAGGAGAGUUGAGGAAGAAGAAACGGAGGAACCGUCUGGGUGUCGAUGACAGCGACAGUGAAGACGAGGAGGACGAUCUGAGAGCUCGCAAGAUGAGAAGAGGGUUGGGUAAUGAGCCAGUCAUCGUCCGGGGUGACGUAACUGAAUUGGCCAACAAUCCGCAGACGAAUGCUUUCGCACAAGUCUACAAGAACGACUUGAUUUUUGGUGAUGAUGCCGACCUUGCGUAUCUCCAAAACGCAGUUCCGGACAGCGAUAUGGCUAUGACUCUGGAUGAAGAGGAGGAGGACAGCCGAGAAACGGUCUCGCGGAGCGAAAUCGUGCAACGAAUCCGUGAGCUCAAGGACAACGAGGACCUGCACGACGCUCCGGAAAUGGACGUGGAGGACGUAUCAUGGGUCGAUCACGACUCGGACGAAGAUCAGCCGAGAGUGAAAGUGGUCGCGAAACGCGAGGGUCAUCAUGCGAUGUCAGACCAUAAGAGCCAACAAGACCUCCGGAUGCAGCAGUGGGCGAGGAGCGAGAAACGCGCAGGGAAUGCUGGGACUGGGCAUGUUUCUGGGCGGACGACCGUCAUUGGACAACGUACCAAAGCUGGUGGUGGAUCUGUGAGGGGUAGUGCAGCGCAAGCGGCGGUGGCUGCAGCUCAGGAGCGGCGGAAACCCAAGGGAUCCGGUAUCUUGAAGCAGGUCGCUGUCGAACGAAGCGCCCGCUUUGAUUAGGGCAGUCGACAAUGUUGUGGCAAACAAGCAUUAUAUCCCAAACACCAAAGCAAAAGGUGCCGUUAAGAAGAAAGACAG